AUGGCUACCUCGAGCAAUUCCAGAUCCGCCAAUGAAUUCCGCAGCGAUACCUUCACCACCCCGACGGCCGCCAUGCUGAACGCCAUGGCCAAUGCCAGCUUUGGCGACGACGUCUACCAAGAAGAUAACUCGACCACGGAGUUCCAGAAGGAGAUCGCCCGUUUGACGGGGAUGGAAGACGCCCUCUUCAUGCUCUCUGGUACUAUGGGCAACCAAAUCGGCGUCCGCAUCCACCUUAACCAGCCGCCUCACUCGGUGCUGUGUGACUAUCGAGCUCACGUCUACGCAGAAGAAGGUUCGGGACUCGCUGUCCUAUCCCAGGCCAUGGUGACCCCUGUUCAUCCCGCGAAUGGAAUCUACAUGACUCUGGAUGAUGUAAAGAAGUGGGUGGUAUUGGGUGAUGAUAUCCACACGGCUCCGACGAGGGUCAUUUCCCUCGAGGUCACCAUCGGAGGCGUCGUGACGCCGAUUGAUGAGAUUAAGAAGAUUUCCGAAUUCGCCCAUGCCAAUGAUAUCAAGGUCCACUGUGACGGGGCUAGACUGUGGAAUGCUACUGCCGCUACCGGUCUCUCGCUAGCCGACUACUGCCAGUACUUUGACAGUGUUUCCAUGUGUGUGUCGAAAGGGCUCGGAGCACCAGUUGGCGGAGUGCUUGCAACUACAAAGAAGAAUAUCAAACAAGCCAGAUGGCUGCGGAAGCAGCAGGGAGGAGGAAUUCGGCAGGCUGGAGUUCUGACCUCUGCCGCCAUGGUCGCGUUGAAGGAGGUUUGGCCUACCAUGAGGGGAACACAUGAGAAAGCAAAGAAAUUGGAAAAGGAUCUGGAGGCAAUUGGCGUCUUUCCUCAGAUCCCUGUGGACACCAAUUUCUUCUUCAUCGAUGCUGCUCGGUCUAAGAUUGACAUGGGUGUUUUGCUGGAGCAGUGUCAGAAAUUUGAUGUCAAGUUACAGGACGAGCGAAUCUCCUUGCAUCAUCAAGUCAGUGACGAGGCGAUUGAGAACCUCAAAGCGGCCAUUGCUGCAGCAGUGGAUAUUACGAAAAGUCUACCAUCGGAUUAUGUGUCCAAGGUGGCGCCAGCGGGUUACGGUAGUUCCUCAAAGAUGAACGAAUACAACUAA